AGGUUGGGUUUGUGUGUGGUUAGGUUAGGUUAGGCUGGUUACUACACAUCAAGUUCAGCCCCAGACCUUCCCUUACGCGCGAAGUGGCCGGGCCGCCUCGCUACGUAAUUCGUUGUCCACUCUCACUGGAGCAGUGUGUAGCGUCUCAACCGUCAGCUACCAGUUGUCUCUUCUUCUUGUUCGCAUCUCUUCGUCAGUUCCAUUCUACCUGUCAUUCGCGAUAGUUCACUGUCUUCCUUUUGAUUGAUGCUCGACUACCCGCCGUUUAAAUAGUGAGGUGGUACAUAAAUUCUAAAAGCAGCUUAUAGUGGAGGAGAGUGAUUGUUUUUCAUUUUGUGCUGCUACAAAAAAAUGGGAGGAAUGAUUGGAUCUUUCAUUGGAUUUACUUUCGCACUUCUUCAGAUGGCCCAGGUUUCCGGCCAUGGUCGAUUGAUGGAUCCUCCAGCGAGGAAUAGCAUGUGGCGGUUCGGAUUCCCCAAUCCCGUCAACUACAACGACAACGAACUCUUCUGUGGAGGUUAUGCAGUGCAGUACCAGCAGAACAGGGGGAGGUGUGGCGUGUGUGGAGACAGGUAUGACUUUGACGACCCGCGACCACACGAGGCGGGCGGCCAGUACGCCAAGGGCAUCAUCACCCGUCACUACACCAUGGGACAGACCAUUGAUGUGGAAGUGGAGUUGACGGCCAACCAUUGGGGACGGUUCGAGAUGUUCCUAUGUCCGAACAAUAAUCCAAGAUACGAGGCCACACAAAGCUGUCUUGAUAGAUUUCCUUUAUUCGUGAAAGGCUCAAGAGAUGUGAGGUUUCUAAUACCCGGUAACACUAAGAAAAAGGAGAUAUUCAGAUACAAAGUGAGGCUACCGCCAUACCUUACAUGUAAUCAGUGUGUUCUCCAGUGGACUUACUAUACAGGUAACAUGUGGGGUCGAUGUCCAAACGGCACAGAAGCCGUGGGCUGCGGGGACCCAGAGACAUUCAGAAAUUGUGCCGACAUCUCCAUCACCACAAGCACCGUGGGUUUGCCACCACAAAUCGCUAGUCAAAUCGAUGAGAAUCCAUUUUUACUAUUCUUUAGAGAUAUACUGUCACCUCAGCGAGUUCUACCAUUAAUUAUAAGGGCAACUUUAUGCUUGGCCACACCAGCUUACAGCAGCAUACCAGGAAUAGACGAGUGGUGCCAAAUAAAUUGCCUCCGUUAUCCACCCAAUUGUCCUCCUGAGGUUUGCUUUUGUCCAAACGAGUGUGAUGCGAUUGGUGAGCUGGAAGGAAAAGCAGGUGCUGACAUCUGGUGUCAAGAUCAGUGCAUCAUCUACCCUCCCAAAUGUCCCGCCAACAAAUGCCGCUGUUACUAAAAUAUUACUGCAACUGUUGAGGUUGAAUCAAUCAUGCGAUACUCGCCAAAUGUGAAAUUUACUUUACACAAAGUGAGUGGCUCAAAGUCACUAUCCAUCAUAAACCUCAUGUUACACAAACACCUAUGGGAAACUCUGUACCUAGCAAACGGUAAAUUCAAGAACAUAAUUUAUAACCGCUCCCAAUGUAACAGUUGUGAGAGAUACCAAAUUAUUUAAUAUUUAAGAGAUUCCAUAUUCGAUUUUGUUUUAUUUUUAAUACAUUUAUCAGUUCCGAAUUUUUAAAGCUACAAAAGUAUGAAUAAAUAUAAAUAUAGAUAAAA